UGGUGCUAGAGGUUAUGUCAAUUGAGUUGCAAGCUGAGUUUGCGCUAACUUGUAAAAAUUGUACUUGCAAACAUUCGUUUCGUGAAUUUUAGUUAUUUAGUUGUACUAUCCACUUAAAAUAUGUGCGACACUCUCUUAAUGAAUGUGAUGAGUUGCAAUCGUAAACGGUUGAGGUCCGAUGACGAUGGAGGAGCAUUAGUUCUUCAACGUAAGAUGUUCAUAAACCAACAGCGCAUGGAUCAGCAAGAUGAGCGAAAGAUGAAACAAAUUCAAGAUAAAACCCUUAAUAUGUUAUUUCGAGGAUCAAAGAUUCAUCGCCUUCCCCCAGAAGUUUGCCAAACUGAAUGUUUGGCCCAUGUGCGAUUGAUAGGCGGAGGUGAAAUAGAUUUUGAUUUGCGUAAUUGCCCCAGCUGGCUGGAGAGGAAGACGGAUCGUAAAUGUCGCAUUUGUGACCGAUUGUCACUGGUUCAUGCUGACUGCAUUAAUUGCAACCUGGAAUUGUGUGAACAUUGUGGAAUCAGCUGCAACUUUUGUCCGGAUAAGAUUUGUUUGAAUUGUGUGAAUAUUUUUAAUUGUCAAAACGCGGAACUUCCUUGCUGUGAACGGUGCAAAAUUUUUAACUGAAUAUUUCGUGUGGGAAAAGUAUCAUGUAUAAGAAGUGUUUAAAAAAAACUUGUAUAGCAGAAGAAGCUUGUUUAGCGAUAAUCAUGUUUGCAAUAUUAUAUUACCUGAAUUUA